UCGUUUGUGGAUUUUUUUUCUUCAAAAAAAAAAAAAAUUUUUAUCAAAUGGCUACUUCUGGAUUACGAUUUUGUUUUGGUCGAAUGCCAUCACCAUUAUCAUCACCAUCAUUGUAUUCAAGAACAUCAAAAGCUGCAUUGCAUCAUCAUCAUCAUGUUCAUCGUUUGAAUUCAAUUAAAAUGGCUAAUAAUCAAUCAUUAUUAUCACCGACAUUUAUGGAUAAUAAUAAUCAACGAAAUAUAUUUCGUUUUGAUAAUUUGGCAACCGAUUCAUAUGAAUCAAAAAAUUCAUUAUCAUCAUCAGCUAAUCAAUAUUUGACAAAUCCAUUACCAUCACCAGUGGCUACAUCUAUUUCAUUGGUAUUGAAUGAUAGUGAUUAUGGUGUUCAACAACAACAAUCAUCAUCAUUAUCUGAUCCAAAUCAUCCAUUCAUUUAUGAAACAAAUGUUUAUCCAAUAGUAGGUAAACGAAAAUUAGUUGGACGUAAUAUUGAAUAUUAUAAUCUUUAUGGUUGGGAACAAUUGGAUAAUCGUUAUCAACAACAACAACAGCAACAAAUUGCAUCGAUGUAUUUUGAUGAUGAUAAUAAUAAUGAUGAAAAUAUGGUCAAUAAUGAAUCAUCAUCAUCAUCAAUGAUGAUGAUGAUGAAAAAUUCUGAAAAAUCAAUGCAACAACAACAACAACAACAACAACAACAAUCACGAACAAACAACAAUAAAAAUCAUUAUCAAAAUGGUCGUAUGGAAUGUUCAUUUUGUAAAAAUUUACAACCAGAAUUGGGUAUUAAUUAUCGUGAUCAUUGGCUUAAAGAUAAUCAAAAACGUAUUACUUGUCCAAAAUUACGUGCUUAUAAUUGUCCAAAAUGUAAUAAUGGUGGUGGUGAUUUUGCACAUACAUUUCUUUAUUGUCCAAAAAAUCGUCAAAAUCUUGCAAAUGGUUUUGAACAUCGUGCCGUACAACAACAACAACAACGACGAUUUCGUAAUAACAUUAGUGUUUCGGAUACAUCAAAUAAUCAUUCAAUGAUAACAAAUGAACCAAGUAGUAUCUGGUCAUGGGACUAUGAUUCAAUGUCGGAAAAAUCAAAUUCAACAAUGACAAGUGUGAAUACUAAUAAUAAUGUUGGUGGUUAUUAUAAUCGUAAUCAAGGUGAUGGUGGUGAUGGUGAUCUAUUGAUGUUUGCCAAUAAUCAUUAUGAUGGAUAUUUUUCACAAUUUCAUUAACAUUUCAAUAACUUUUUUUUUAAACAAAAAAAAAAUUUC